CAUCGCUGGAUGCAGAUGACGCGACAGUGCAGUGCGCCCGGUGCAUUGGUAUCCAUUCGACUCGUCGUGCCAUCCAGUCCAACACACAUCGUGGACAGUGAAAGCCCUAAGCAUAUAGAAACAAACGGAAAAAAGCGAAGCGAAGCGAAAAGACGCUCCAUUGUGCCACAACAUAGCCAACCAGUGAUCCAGGGUUUUGGGCGGGGAGAAAAAAAAACGGGGACCUGGUUGUGGUGCCUGGUGUCUGGAAUGAUCUCUGAUGAGCGCUGCGGUUGAUCGCUUCACGUUGUCACGUUACCGUGAUUGUUGAUAUUAUACAAUUCGAUUUCGACUCGGUGAGUGUGAUUACACGUGAGACACACAGACGCGCGCCGCGUAGUAGUGCGCUACGAGCGUCGAUAGUGCAUCGUCCUUCAUUAUGAAACUCGAUUCGAUAAAGUGCCUGACCGGGGUGGUGAUUGUAAGUCUCACCGUGAGCUUGGUGGUUGCAGCAGCCUCCUCACCGAACAUUGUCAUCAUCGUUGCCGAUGAUCUGGGCUGGAACGAUGUUAGCUUCCACGGAUCGAACCAAAUUCCGACGCCCAACAUCGAUGCCCUGGCCUACGACGGUGUGAUCCUGAACCGCCACUACGUACCACCGCUCUGCACCCCCUCUCGGGCAUCCCUGAUGACCGGGCGGCAUCCGAUGAACGUUGGCAUGCAGAACGAUGUCAUCAUCUCCGACCAACCGUGGGGCCUGGGGCUAGACCAGAAGCUGAUGCCACAAUACUUCCGGGAGGCCGGCUACCGGACGCACCUGGUCGGCAAAUGGCAUCUUGGGUUUUUCCGACAAGCGUACACCCCGACACGGCGUGGCUUCGAGACGCACUUCGGUUACCUUGGUCCCUACAUCGACUACUGGGAUCACAGUCUGCAGAUGAACACGACAUCGGCCCGUGGACUGGAUAUGCGACGGAACACGGCUGUCAACUAUGAUGCCCGCGGUACGUAUGCAACGGAUCUGUUCACCACGGAAGCAACACGUCUGAUACGUACCCACAACACCACCGAUCCACUGUUUCUCGUGCUAACGCAUCUGGCGCCGCACACUGGCAACGAAGACGAUCCGAUGCAGGCACCGGCGGAGGAGAUUGCCAAAUUUGCCCACAUCAAAGACCCAAAGCGCCGUACAUUGGCAGCGAUGAUAUCCCGGGUUGAUGUCAGUGUCGGUAUGGUGUACGAUGCGCUACGGGAGCGCAAAAUGCUCGAUAACACCAUCAUCCUGUUUUACGCGGACAACGGUGCACCGACCGUCGGUAUACACGCCAACAGCGGGUCCAAUUAUCCGCUACGAGGGCAAAAAUCAUCACCAUGGGAGGGUGCUGUCCGUGGGGCGGCCCUACUGUGGAGUCCGCUACUCACCCGAAAAGGAUACGUCUCAGAGCAAUUGAUACACGUCAGCGAUUGGCUCCCAACGUUAGCGAGAGCGGCAGGUAUUCGCAACAUACCGCUGCAGGACAGUGCCAUCGAUGGGCAGGAUCAGUGGACGGCUCUACAGUCUGGUGCGGUCGACCUGAAACCGGUCCGUUCGAUCGUCAUGAACAACGCCGAAGAUAGCUGUCACUUUAGUAGCUACGUCAAGCAUGGCUGGAAGUACGUCAACGGGACCUGUUCCGAUGGGGAGUACGAUGGUUGGUUAGGAGAUAUGGUGCAACCGGACCAGGAUGAGCUGCAGCUCUCCGACGCGGACUACUACAAACAACUGACGAUACCGGGCAGCAUCGGAGCAGCGUUGAACCUGUCGCGCGAACAGGCAGAGAAACUUCGCGCAGAAGCUACCCUUAAAUGCGGCCCCUAUAGUCCCGAUGACAUCCCUUGUAACCCGCUCAUCACACCCUGUCUCUUUAAUCUGCACGAAGAUCCAUGCGAACGAGUUAACCAAGCGGCCAAACAUCCGGUGCUGCUGGCCACACUAACAGCCGAAGUACUGUACUAUCGGUUGCGCAGCGCUAAACCCCGGAAUCAACCACCGGACAGUCGGUCCGAUCCGGCGCGGUUCAACUACACCUGGACCUGGUGGCAAGAGGAACUGGAGGCGCGCCAGACGGCCGCAGACAUCGCGUUGGCCUCGCUGGUAGCCGAAGUCGUGCUCGUCCUGUUUGCCGUCGGUCUCGCACUGAAGCUAUGCUGGUGCUACUGCAGACAGAAGGUGGAACCCUCUCCGGCACCGAAAGCGAAAACGUAAAAUCUGCAUACUAUCGGUAGUAAUAAAGGUGGGCGACGUGUUGGCAUUUCAGGGCUUCCAAAGCGCGCUCUAUCUUUGCUUCACCUCAUUCAGGUCGUACAGGGUUGAUCACCAGAGACUAUAGCGCUCGCGGACCUGAUAAGAGUACGGCGCUAGACUAUUCACGGUGUUUGCAACGUCGCGCGCGAUAUUACAGUUCUGUACUGGCUGACCUAGAUGUUUUGGGGAAAUGUUGGACGCUGUUGUUAUAAGGCAGCUAAAUAAAGUCAUAAAGUAUACUGAGCGGUCUGGUGCCCAUUGUUUGUGAGACAGUAAUGAUAGGUUACCUACUUGCGUUCAAGGGGGGGAUAUGUUUGAAGCCCAAGUUGGCGUUGCCUUUUAUAGUGAGGGUAAAACACAUAUACGACGGAUUUACUUCACCACGCAAUUCGCAAACAGAACCAUAAUGUAUUAUACGGAACGUCGACCCUUCGAUUAUUAAAUAUACUAAAAACUAAGAGAUUGUCUCGCUUCU